CUCCACUCACUAACAUUAACAACAAUUCAGUAGACUCCACAUGCGGGGACUGGAUUCUGUUGUUGCUGUUUUAGUGAGAAUUGCUGCAGGGCUAUUAAUAUGCUUUUGCGAGUAGAAAAGUAGAACACUUUAAAACCGUUACUCGCAAGGAUGUUCGGCUCAGUUCAGUUUGAGACGUUGUCGUGUUGAGACCAAAAGCGGAAAAUUACGCUGCGAAAACAUAGGCCGUGGACGCGUUGGAUAAAGUGUUACAUAUAUCUAGUACAUGUAUGUGAGUUUGGUUAUAUGGGCGAUAGUGUAUGGAACAGCAUAUUGCAAAGCAACACAAAAUUUUCAAGUGAGAAAGUUUAUUGUAGAACGCAGAUGAUAACUCACAUGAUUAAAAAAUUAUUGUGCUAAAAUUAAAUUGCUCUGAAACAAUUUAUAAAUUACAUACAAGUGAAAGAAAGUAAAUGCGCGCUAGAAAGUAUGCUACGAUUUCAUAAAAAUUAAAAACACGAGUGGGCUUGAUAGGUUUGGAUAAAAUACUGAUAACUACAUACAUACAAAGGUGAUGUGCAAAGAAUUUAUUAAUGCAAGAUAUUAACCUUUUGACAAAAGAUUCGUGGCUUGGUGAUUAAAAAAAUAAUUGUAAAAAUUAAAUAUACAAUUCUAUACCAAAAAUACUGGUGUACUUAUCUAUGUAUGUAAAUACAUUCAUGUGACUUUUAAUUGUGAUUUAAUGUCAAGUGCAGCUGAUGUUAAUUUAUAAAACAUAUUGCAAGCAAAGAGAAAUAGGACUUUCAAUUGAUUCAAUGAGAAGAGGAAAUUUAACCAGAAGCAAAACACAAACUGGAAACAGCAGUGGCAAUUCAGUUCCUUGUGCAAACGCAUAUACGGUUUGGUAAAGUGGCAGAGUGUGUGCUGCAGACCUUGCGUCACAGAGGAAGUGUACGAGGGGAUGUACAGGGUGUGUAGACGACACACAAUGGCGGUGUAAAUAAGUAAAUAAGGAAAGUUAAGAAAACAGCAAAAAAAAAACCAAAUUGUUGCAACAAAACUAGGACAAAGGCGGAUUAAGUUUGCGUAUGCCAGCCCAUUUCUCAUGGAUAGCGUGUAGGGACUAAGCGCAGAUUGUGGCAGAUAACUGAUGCGCCAGGCAGCGAAGUGAAACAAGGCAGUUGUAGUGUUUUUGUGGCAACAGCAAAACGCAUAAAAUUUACAUACAUAUCUACAUAUGUAUAUAUGUUUCAGGCAACAUGCUACAUGCAGUCGGAACACAGUGAAAUACGUAAGGCAUACGAGCAGUUGUUUACGGGUUGCUGAAUUAGACUGACUUUUUAAGAGAAAUUCCGAACGCAGGCACAUAAAGCGACAAACACAUGUAUACAUGUAUUUUUUUUUCAUUUCACCUCAUUUGACAUGUAGCACAUUGGACAGUUGCAGCAACAGCUAAAACGGCAGUUACGUGCCUGGCCUAAACAGAUUUAAUACUGCAGCGUCUAAAACGGCAAAAAAUAAAUAAGAAAAAUCAAAUCAAAUAAAAGCACCAAACGGCGGAGUGAAAUCGCUGGCGGUAGAGAUAAAAGCGGGAAGUCAAAAGCCGUAAGUCAAAAGGCGAAAAGCAAAAAGCUAAAAAAAAGUCACAGUGAAAGCGCAAUCAGCGAGCCACUAAGCCAACAAGUGAUUUCCUAUUGCAUGUGGUGCAAGGGUUGUUUGCCUGACAGCCAUUGCUGGCUUACUAUAACCGCCGAAGGGCAUCCCAUCUGAGCAAACACGACAACAGCUUGCCAGUCCGUCAGCAAUCAGUUAGCAGUGCUAGUAACAGGUUAAAUUGUUGUGAUUCGUUGCGCACUGAAAAAGCAAUUUGGGAACAGAGCGCCAGAGUGGUGUGGUGCAGGCGUACGCAGGCGUCUCUUAUGCACUGAGGCAUUCGCGCGUGAGUGCUUGACCUGAUAGAGCCACAGCUGAGCUGGGCCGCGUUGUGUAGUGACGUCAUUCAAUUUGCUGGUGAGAGUCUCGCAAUUGCGAAGGGCCAAACGUCGGCCUAGUUUUAGAGCAGCAAACGCAGUCGCGUCGGCUUCCGUAUCGUUGUGACGCAAAGCAUCGUGGUGCGUCGCGUAGCGUCGCGUUUCGGGUCGAUUCAAUUGAAGUUUACUUCGAACAACAUUUUGAUGUAUGUGUGUGCGUCCGAUAAUAAAAAAUAACUCUAACUUCCAUGCCAAACCGGCAGUUAGUGCGUGUGUGUGCGUGUUUUUAAAUAUAAGCACAUAGCCAGGUCAGGCAGUGAAGUGGUGCCAACAAGCCAAUUGAAACACGCAGGCGUUCAAUCAGCUGAGUGUACUGAAUUUCCCCCCAGCUAACUAGUUAGUUAGUCAGUCGGUCGGUUCGUUUAGACGCGUACGCGCACGCUUUGUCGUUGUCGCUUUGCAUUUUGCGCUUCGUUGCAUUUCCCCCCACAACGACGAUUAGCAUGGCUCGAGCAUCGUCCUUGCCCUCAGUUUCGCCGAUGGCGCUACUAAAGUAUUGCGGCCUCGCGUCAUCGUCGCCUGUGCUGAGCGGUGAUAUCGGUCGUGGUCUAUUCGCCAUUGUUGUUCUACUGUUGCGUAUGUCCUCCGUCUAUGGCGUCAUCGAUCGGCUGGUGGUGCAAACGUCGAGCGGGCCGGUGCGCGGCCGCUCAGUCACUGUGCAGGGUCGGGAGGUGCAUGUGUACACAGGCAUACCCUAUGCCAAGCCACCGUUAGAUGAAUUACGAUUUCGCAAACCGGUGCCAGCGGAACCCUGGCAUGGUGUGUUGGAUGCAACGCGCCUGCCGGCAACUUGUGUGCAGGAAAGAUAUGAAUACUUUCCCGGUUUCUCCGGCGAAGAGGUAUGGAAUCCUAAUACGAAUGUUUCAGAAGAUUGUCUGUAUAUAAACGUUUGGGCACCAGCGAAAGCGCGUUUAAGGCAUGGACGCGGCGCUAAUGGUGGUGAGCACUCCGGUAAAACUGAUACGGAUCAUUUGAUACACAACGGAAAUCCGCAAAACACCACCAAUGGCUUGCCAGUGGUGAUUUGGAUUUAUGGAGGCGGCUUCAUGACCGGCACUGCCACACUGGACAUUUAUAAUGCGGACAUCAUGGCUGCGGUGGGCAAUGUAAUAGUUGCUUCUUUUCAAUAUCGUCUGGGCGCUUUUGGCUUCCUACAUCUGGCGCCUGCCAUGCCCGGUUACGAGGAGGAGGCACCCGGCAAUAUGGGAUUGUGGGAUCAGGCAUUGGCUAUACGUUGGUUGAAGACAAAUGCCCAUGCCUUUGGUGGCAAUCCUGACUGGAUGACGCUUUUCGGCGAAUCGGCCGGCUCAAGUUCGGUAAAUGCGCAACUUGUGUCGCCAGUGACGGCAGGUCUAGUGAAACGUGGCAUGUUGCAGUCGGGCACAAUGAACGCACCCUGGAGUCAUAUGACUUCGGAGAAGGCGGUUGAGAUAGGCAAAGCGUUGAUCAACGAUUGUAAUUGUAAUGCGUCAUUGUUAUCGGAAAAUCCCCAAGUUGUAAUGGCGUGUAUGCGUGCUGUCGAUGCUAAAACAAUUUCAGUGCAACAGUGGAACUCCUAUUCGGGCAUUCUGAGUUUUCCUUCAGCGCCGACCAUAGAUGGCGCCUUUUUACCCGAUGAUCCCAUGAAAAUGAUGGAGACUGCUGAUAUGCGCGGCUAUGACAUACUAGUGGGAAAUGUCAAAGAUGAAGGCACUUACUUUCUGCUUUACGAUUUUAUCGAUUAUUUUGACAAGGAUGAGGCGACUUCGUUGCCGCGUGACAAGUUCUUAGAAAUCAUGAAUAACAUUUUCGGUAAAGUAACACAAGCGGAACGCGAGGCCAUCAUUUUUCGGCACACCAGCUGGGUAGGCAAUCCCGGUUUGGAGAAUCAACAGCAAAUAGGACGCGCAGUGGGCGACCACUUCUUCACUUGUCCGACCAAUGAAUACGCACAAGCGUUAGCUGAACGGGGCGCUUCCGUGCAUUACUAUUAUUUUACACACCGCACCAGCACCUCUGUGUGGGGUGAAUGGAUGGGUGUACUGCACGGCGAUGAAAUCGAGUACUUCUUUGGUCAGCCAUUGAAUACGUCGCUACAGUAUCGACCAGUCGAACGGGAGUUGGGCAAGCGGAUGCUGAAUGCGGUUAUUGAAUUUGCAAAAACUGGUAAUCCUGCUGCAGAUGGUGAAGAAUGGCCAAAUUUUACAAAGAAAGAUCCCGUCUAUUAUGUUUUUUCAACUGAUGAAAAAGAAGAAAAACUGCAACGUGGGCCACUGGAAGGACGUUGCGCAUUCUGGAAUGAAUAUUUGCGUGAAGUCAGAAAAUGGGGAACGCAAUGUGAAGUCAAAGCAUCCUCAGCUUCCACACUACAUAGUGCACAACAACAAGAUCUAGCGCUACAACAAAGUGGUAUCGUUACAAUAAUGCUGACGUUAUCAAUUGUUUUGGGCAUUCCGUCGCUGAAUAUAUUUUUCUAAAACAUAAAAUUGAUUUAGGAGCGCACAAAAAGCUUCAUGCAGCCAAUGUAUUCAAACAUUCCAGAAAACACACAUUAAAAUGAUGGAUAUUAAUAAAAAAAGAAAUAAGAUAAUUAUUACUAAUAAAAAUAACACACACACUCACGAAUGCUUACAUACAAAAAAAAAAAAAACAUUUAACUAGCGUAGUGAAAUGUAGUUAAUGAAAGGGUAGGCGAAGAAUUAAGGAAGGACGAAAAUAUGAAAAAUAAAGGCGCAUAUUAAGAAAUAUGUUUGUAAGUAGAUGCCAAGUAGAUCCAGAACUUUUUAUUUCUAUUUUUUUUUUUUAAUUUGUGUAUAGGGCUGACACAAAACACUAUCUAUGAAACUGAUUUGAUGUUAUACAUUUUUCUAUAUUUUUAAUUUUUUUUUUGUCGUUGCGGCAAAACUUGAUUUUUUUUAGGGCAAGUAUUAAGCAAAAAUAUUAUAUUAUUAACGUAUAUUGAGCAGCUUGGGUUGGAAAAAAAUUCCACAAUUUUUUCAUUUACUUUUACCAAAUUCGUGUUAUAUUUAAAUUGCUUUUUUUUGUCUAUGUAUGUGGACAUAUUUAUCAUAUAACUUAGUUUGCAUAUUAUAAUGUUCAGUGUGCUCAACCCGUACAACAAAAGUAGUCACUUACACUCCCACACACAUACACUUUAAGCAUUUUACGCGUGCUCUUGCCACAAAGCUGCAGAGCACCUUGAUGACCUUAGCUUGACAACCCAAACCAAAUUAAUAAACUAAUUUGGUAAGCUCAAAGGAAAGGCAAUGAAAUUUUUGAAACAGUUAAAAAACUUUGACUUAAAUUGGAUAUCCAGAACCACAGUUUUUUACAAUCAACCAAAUUUUAAAAGCGAAGAAAACGUAACAUUUUUAGCGACGACGAAAUAAGUAACGAAUAUUUCCAAAACAUUAACGAUUUUAUACCGAAAUAACAAAUAAAAAAAAAAAUACAAAUGAGAUUAAACUUAAAAUUUGAAAUUUGCCAAGAAAGUUUUGAAAAAUUUGGUACCCCAGAGCCUCGGUAGGUAGGGGCCAUUUAAUAAAGUAAAAAAGAAAAAUUUUGAACUGACUUUAGCAUUAAAUUUCAGUUAAAUAAAAUGGAAAGCGUUCGCAAUGUACGCGAAAUGCGAUGAAUUGUUUGAGUAAAAAUUUCAAGCGCGAAACCCGUUCGUGUCUUGAGUCUUUCGUUUGCCUCGCAUCCUUACUCUACUGCGACAAGAGGGUUGACUUUGUUUGCACAAAAAGCCAACUAAUAACAUAUCUACUAUAGUUUUUACGAUUCCAGAAUAAAAUUUGCGCUUUAAAGUGAACGACAGGAAGAAAUCUUAUUUGUUAUUUUUUGCAUAUGCAUUUGCGUUAGGCUUCAGACCAACCACUUUACGAUUUCUUUCACAUAUAUUUCUCCAUAAACUAUAUAUAGUACUUGUGCGCAAAUGAGUCAUUAGCCUUUAUGCCAUAUAGCUUUUCCUCCAGCUGUGCUGUAUAACCUAAAAAAAAAA